AUGGGCAGCACUCCAGCUGAGAAGGCCAUCCAGGGCACCAUCGACCUGUUUCACAAAUACAGUGGAGAAAAGGACACAAUUGACAAGCCAGGCCUGAUGAAGUUGAUGACGGAGAAUUUCCCCACCUUCCUGGCUGCCUGUGACAAAAAGGGCACCGAUUACCUGGCCAAUGUCUUUGAGAAAAAGGACCAGAAUAAAGACAGCAAGAUCGAGUUCUCUGAGUUUCUCUCCUUGUUGGGGGACUUAGCCAUAGACUACCACAAACAGAGCCAUGGAGGUGAGGCCUGCUCAGGGAGGAACCAGUAACCCUGCCUCCUCUAGACCUCCAGCGACCUCCCCAAAACAAUAAAGUGUCUCU